AUGGUGCAGCCGGUGAUGAUCGCCGGUCCGGUGGGUUUGGGGGUGCUGGUCCUGCAGAGGACCUUCCGACGCAAGAAGGGCGCGCGUGAGGAGGAUGGGAGGAGGCGAGAGGGCGAGGGCGACGAGACAUCCUUCGCGUGUGAGCGCGUGUGCGCCUCCGACAGGCUCAUCAAGCGCCUGGGCUACCUCUCCAAGGAUCCAACCCCGAACUCUUGCGUCACCGUCUGCGGCUCCUCGGGCAUCGACGCGUGCACGGAGGCGUGCCAGCGCUGCGUGUGCAGUCUGCCGCACACCGUGCCGGCGUGGCAGGACCAGUGCAACAAGCGAUGCACGCAGGAGUGCCUCCGGGGAAGGACGUAG